AUGCGUGGAUAUCUUCUGCCGUUGCUGGCCACAGCCGCGCUUGGAAGAGCUACAGCGAUUCCUUCGAGCGAGAAGCGAGCUGUUAGCGACUGGGACACUGCGUACAGUAAGGCGACUGCAGCUCUCGCGAAGCUCUCCACCAGCGACAAAAUCGGCAUCGUAUCUGGCCAAGGAUGGCAAGCCGGUAACUGCGUCGGAAACACCAAAGCCGCCGGCUCCAUCGGAUACCCCUCGCUCUGUCUCCAAGACGGUCCUCUCGGCGUGCGUUACGUGCUGGGUGCGACUGCAUUUUCCGCCGGGGUUCACGCAGCGAGUACCUGGGACUUGGAGCUUAUAAGAGAACGCGGCAGUUUCAUCGGCGCGGAAGCAAAGACUUUGGGGAUCCAUGUUAUGCUUGGUCCUGUUGCCGGUCCCCUGGGCAAGAUUCCCACCGGUGGCAGGAACUGGGAGGGCUUCUCUCCGGACCCGUAUCUCACGGGUCUCGCUAUGAAGGAGACCAUCGAGGGCAUGCAAGAGGCUGGCGUUCAGGCUUGCGCGAAGCACUUCAUUGGCAAUGAGCAGGAGAAGAGGAGGGAGCAGAUGAGCUCGGGGAUUCCGGACAGGGUGCUGCAUGAGCUUUAUCUCUGGCCGUUUUAUGACGCUGCCAAGGCUAAUGUUGCGUCUUUCAUGUGCAGUUACAACAAAGUCAACGGCACGUAUGCUUGCGAGAACGGCGGCAUAUUGAAUAAAAUUUUGAAGGACGAGCUCGGUUUCAAGGGCUAUGUUGUCUCGGAUUGGAACGCUCAACAUACGACGGCCGGUAGUGCCAAUGCCGGCAUGGAUAUGACAAUGCCUGGAAGCAAUUUCGAGGGCAAAGACAAAGGCGUCUUGUGGGGCCCAGUCCUCCAGCAAGCCGUCAACAGCGGCCAAGUGCAAAUGUCUCGCGUCGACGACAUGGUCAAGCGCAUCCUCGCAGCCUGGUACCUGGUUGGCCAAGACAAGGGCUACCCGACCGCGUCCUUCAACUCGUGGAAGAUUGGCCAGCGGGAUGUGGGCGGAAACCACAAGACGAAUGUGAGGGCUAUGGCUAGAGAUGGCAUUGUGCUGCUUAAGAAUACGGGUGGUGCGCUGCCGUUGAAUAAGCCCAAGAGUAUCGCGGUGAUUGGGAGUGAUGCCAUUGUGGAUCCGAAGGGGGCGAAUAACUGCGCCGAUCGUGGAUGCAACGGUGGCACUUUGGCUAUGGGUUGGGGAAGCGGAAGCGUGGAGUUCCCGUAUCUGGUUGCUCCCUUGGAUGCCAUCCGAACACAGGCUCAGAAGGACGGAACCACCAUUGUGACUUCGACCAACGACAACGCUCAACAAGGAGCUGCAGCUGCACAGAAAGCCGACAUUGCCAUUGUUUGCAUCAACUCUGAUUCCGGCGAAGGUUACAUUGAGGUCGAGGGAAAUGCUGGAGAUCGCAAGAAUCUGGAUCCUUGGCACAAUGGGAACGAUCUCGUCAAGGCGGUCGCGGCGGUGAAUAAGAAGACUAUUGUUGUCAUUCAUAGUGUUGGACCACUUAUCCUGGAGCCGUAUAUUGAUAACCCGAAUGUCGUUGCCGUUGUGUGGGCCGGUCUGCCAGGCCAGGAAUCCGGCAACGGUCUCGCUGAUAUCCUCUACGGCGUCGCGUCUCCCAGCGGCAAACUGCCCUACACCAUCGCCAAGAGUGCUUCCGACUACGGCACAUCCGUCGUGAACGGCGACGACAAUACGUGGGAUCUGUUCAUCGACUACCGCAAGUUCGACAAGGACAACAUUGAGCCUCGCUUCGAGUUUGGCUUUGGUCUGUCAUACACCAACUUCACCUACUCGGACAUCACCGUCGAAGGCAAACCCACCUCGGGCCCCGCCAAAGGAACCAAAGGCCCCGGCGGUCCCGCCGACCUCUGGGAAACCGUCGCAACCGUCACGGCGAAGAUCACCAACAGCGGCGGCGUCGCGGGCGCCGAGGUGCCGCAGCUUUACGUCGGAUAUCCUUCCUCUGCGCCCGGACUUCCGCCCAAGCAGCUAAGGGGCUUCAAUAAGUUGAAGCUUGCGGCUGGGGCGAGCGGGACGGCGACGUUCAAGCUCAAGAGGAGGGAUUUGAGCUAUUGGGAUACGGGCAGGCAGGCGUGGGUGGUGCCGAGUGGGGAGUUUACGGUGUGGGUGGGGGCGAGCUCGAGGGAUUUGAGGUUGACGGGGAAGAUUACUGUACCACCUGUGGAAGGCCUCAGUAAACUGAAAGCCUCCAAUAUCCCAUCAUUCAUUACCACUUUCCAAUCUUUGAAACCAAAGGCCCCCAAUAUGCUGUCACAAAUCGUCAAGCCUUCCAUCGGUCGGUCCGUCCUGGGACAGUUCCAGCGGUCUCGCACACAGGUCCGCUCUCUGGCAACUGUGCAGAGCAACACCCCUCGCCAGACUCCUGCUCCUGCUCGAAGGAGCACUCCCAUUUCUUAUGAGAGGGCGACAUUCACCAUCAAGAAUGGACCAAUCUUCUCGGGCAAAUCAUUCGGCGCCAAAGCCAACGUCUCCGGCGAGGCCGUCUUCACCACCUCCCUUGUUGGUUACCCCGAGUCCAUGACUGAUCCCUCCUACCGCGGCCAGAUCCUUGUCUUCACUCAACCCCUGAUUGGCAACUAUGGUGUGCCAUCUGCCGCUCGGGAUGAGUUCGGCUUGCUCCGAUAUUUCGAGUCCCCCUAUAUUCAGGCCUCGGGUAUCGUCGUUCAGGACUAUGCCAUGAAACACAGCCAUUGGACUGCUGUCGAAAGUUUGGCCCAGUGGUGUGCUAGGGAGGGUGUUCCCGCCAUCUCUGGUGUCGACACCCGUGAGAUUGUCACCUAUCUCCGUGAGCAGGGUUCCUCUUUGGCCCGCAUCACUAUUGGAGAAGAGUACGAUGCCGACGAGGACGAGGCUUACGUUGACCCUGAGGCCAUCAACCUCGUCCGUCGUGUCAGCACCAAGGCGCCGUUCCAUGUGAGCUCCUCUCUGGGAGACAUGCACGUUGCCUUGAUCGACUGUGGUGUCAAGGAGAAUAUCCUCCGCAGCUUGGUUGCUCGCGGGGCUAGCGUCACCGCCUUCCCCUUUGACUAUCCCAUCCACAAGGUUGCGCAUCACUUCGACGGUGUCUUCAUCUCCAACGGCCCUGGAGACCCCACCCACUGCACGUCGACUGUCUACAACCUUCGCAAGUUGAUGGAAUCGUCGCAGAUCCCCAUUAUGGGCAUCUGUAUGGGUCAUCAGCUCCUCGCCCUUGCGGCUGGAGCCAAGACGCUGAAGUUGAAGUACGGCAACCGCGCGCACAACAUUCCGGCCCUAGACCUUACCACGGGCAAAUGCCACAUCACCUCCCAGAACCACGGUUAUGCAGUUGACCCGACCACUCUCCCCAGCGAGUGGAGGGAGUACUUCACCAACCUAAACGACCAAUCCAACGAGGGCUUGAUCCACGCCACCCGCCCCAUCUUCAGCGCUCAGUUCCAUCCUGAGGCCAAGGGCGGCCCUAUGGACUCUGCUUACCUCUUCGACAAGUACAUUGAGAGCGUGCAGAAGUACAAGGACCAGCAGGCCAUGUUCUCCGACAAGAGCAACAAGCCUAGCCCUCUCCUCGUGGACCUGCUCAGCAAGGAGCGUGUCGGUGUGCACCCUGCGUACGAAGAGUUCGAAGUGCACGCCCCAGGCACUAUCGAGCCCCAAGUUGUCAUGGAUACUGAGGGUACGCCUGCUCCUCAGCCUAUCGCUGCGGCUGCUUGA